UCCCCUGUAUGUUCGUAGUGUGAAGCCUCUGGAGGAAGCCGAGCAAGAGUCUCUUGUGGAUUUGCAUUUGCAUUACUUGCUGCUGCCUGUACAGUGCGGUGCAUGCGACUGGAUCGGAACGCUUUCAACCUGGCACACAACUCACACCACGCAGAGUUGUUUGGAGAGGCAAAAGGAACGGAGGUGUAAGCGUCUCACUGGUGCUGAGGGUGACAGUGGCAGUGGCAGCUCGUGCCGUGGCUGCUCUGAUUUCACGACUACGGCUCAGGAUAGCAGCAAUAGCAGCAAUAGCAGCAGCAGCAACAGCAGCAGCAGCAACAGCAAUAGCAGCAACAGCAGCAACAGCAACAGCAGCAAUAGCCAAGCUUCUGUACGAACAUCUGAGGGCGUCGAGACACCGCUAGAAGAGCAGGAGGUGGAACUGCCUGGAUUGCCAGAGGCUGCAGCAGCGCAACUUCCAGUUGUGAUAGCUACUGCAGCGAUGGCAGAGCAGCAGAAGCAGCAGUGGCUUCUGCAGAGGAUUCACGGCGAAAACAAUGCAGCCGGAGAACGUCUAGUGCCUGCUCCCGCAUGUGCUGCUCAAGGAAUGCAAGAGUUGCUGCAGUGGCUCGUGCAGCGAAGUAGCAGCAGCAGCUCGAGCAGCAGCUCGAGCAGCAGCAGCAACAGCAGCUCGAGCAGCAGCAGCUCGAGCAGCAGCAGCAGCUCGAGCAGCAGCACAGAGCAGCUAGGAGACUGCAUGCGUAUCUGCGUGGUUUUCCAUAGAAUGGAAAACACGCUUGGAGCGGUUGGUGGUCUCUUGCUGAGCAGCAACACCUUUGCUCAUCAGCAAAUCAUUUUAGAGUUUAGCCAACCUCGAGGAAGAGCUGCAGUCGCUGAAGGGGGCAGCAACCUUUUGUGUGGAUACCUCUCGAUGGAUUUUUUCGGAGAUGUCAAAGGCGGCAGAAUUGAGUGGGGCUUUAGUGAGGGCUUUCCAGCCAUUCUCUCAUCUGCAUGCAAAAUCGCAGUGUAUGAAGGAGGCAGCAGCAGCAGCAGCAGCAGCAGCAGCGGCAGCAGCAGCAGCAGCAGCAGCGGCAUGCGAGAGGCCGUUGUGGGGCUUGAGUCUGGAGUGGAAUCUCUGCUGUUGCGGCAGAACACAUGCAAGCUGCAGCUUUUGCGGCGACAGCAGCAGCAGCAGCUGGUGUAUUUGCCUGCUGCAGUGCUGCUGCAGCUGCUGCUGAGCGUCAAGAGCCGCAGCUACAGAGUUGUCGGCUGGAACUGCAAGGAUUUUUGCAGAGUCAUUUUGAAGGCCGCAUGCCGCUACCCAUGCAAGCCUUCGCGUGUCAUUCCCAUCGGAAGACCAACAGCAGACGCUGCCGAAAUGUUGUCAUUUCUCGAGUUGUUGCAGCAGCAGGCAUUCGAACCGGCUACAGUUGCUGCAGCUGCUGACGCUGAGACAGAAGAGGAAGAGGAAGAGCAGCAAAUGCAGCAGCAAAUGCAGCAGCAGAUGCAGCAGACGGUUGUAGGACAGACUGCGGCUCCAUGCGAGGCGCAGCCGCAGCAGACAUUGCAGUCAGGAGGCGCUGCAACAGGAAGGGGGGGGGGGGCGGAAAGAAGGCUUUUGCAGCACUUCUCCGCUGUCUCGAGAGCUUCCCGCAACAGCAGCAGCAGCAGCGCCAGCAGCAGCAGCAGCAUCAGUAGCCUCGCCGCCUACAAGCCUAGACGUCGGCCCUUUAAUUUGAUCUUGAAGAACGUCAUGUCUCGCAUUCUCCACCCCAGAACGCAGCAAGGCAGUGCCGCUACCACCACUGCUGCUGCAGCUGCAGCUGUGAGCAGUGCCUCUGCAGCCUUUGCGUCUGACGAAGGAAGCGGCGGCAGCCAUCAGCUUCUUCAAAACGCGCAGCGCACUGGAGCUGUCGCUGCUGCUCGCUCUGUGUACUUGUGUCUCUUCAAAGCAGAGGAUCUCAACCGAGCUGCACUGAAACCAGCAGCAGAGUUGGUAGCGGCUGCAACUCGAUGUCUAGGGAGCUUUGUCGGAUCAACAGCGAAUUCCUUGUUGCCGCAGCAGAGGACUGCAGAGGCUGACGCUUCUGAAAGGCGCGUGCUGCCUUCCCAGCAGACCAUUCAGCUCAAAUAUUCCACCUUGCCAGUCUUGGUGCUCGAACUGCAACAAGUGCCUGCUGCAGUGGCUGCCAAGCUAGAAGCGCGCCUUCCAGAGAAGAUCGCCAGCUUCAUGUCUGUCGGAUACCUCUCCAUCGAGUUCAGGAGUGACGUUGGUCUCUGCUGGCACUUUUAUCGAGAAAGACCUCCUGGUAGGUGUUGGCUGCAAGAGAUGCAACAGUUUUUGUCUGAGGGAAGGUUCAAGGAGUACCACCCUACCAAGUGGAGUAGUUGGGAUUUUGUAGAGGAGCUUCUCGUUCGCUGCGCUCCCGAAGAAGCUGAGCAGUUGCUCGCCUUUCUCCACAGCUAA